AUGAGUGCUCCCCUCGCCUCCGAGUUGUCUGAGUUGGCGGCGCCGCGCCCCGGCUUCCGGCUCUUGGCGCCCCACGCGCUCGCGGCUCCAGCCCACGUCCGCGCCGGGAGCCGAGCUCGCCGCGCCGCGCCGCGCCGGGGGAGCCCGGGCUCCCGAGCUCCUGUCCCGGCCCCGGUCCAGGGGAAAGCAGGGGUGUCCCCGGGCAGAGGCGCACAGCCGCGCGGUCUCCCGCGCUCUCUGCGGCCCAUCGGUCUCUCCAUGGCCUCUCAUCAGCAAUCCCGGAUCCAGGCUUACCUGGAGAAGAACAAGAUCGGUCCCCUGUUUGAGGAAUUAAUGACCAAGUUAAUUACUGAGACACCUGAUCAGCCAAUCCCAUUUCUCAUUGACCAUCUUCAGUCUAAACAAGAAAACCGUGGACACCUUCAAAGAACUUUAUCUGGAUCUGCAGCUCUCUGGGCAGAAAGUGAAACAUUAGAACAUAAAGGAACAAGAAAGGAAUUCAGAAACUAUGAUAAACCCUGGCAGUUAAAUGCAAAGAAGCCUAAAAAGUCAAAAAGCGACCUUGCUGUGUCUAAUAUUUCUCCACCAUCACCAGAAUCAAAAUCAUUGCCAAGGUCAGUAGAUCAUCCUAAGUGGAACUGGAGGACUAAACCAGAAAGCCGUGAUUUUGAUGAAUUGAGCCACAUCCUUCAAGAGAGCAAGAAACUGGGAAAAGCCCUUGAGAAUCUCUCUCGAAGUAUUGCAAUUUCAGAUGAACUCGAUAAGGAAACAGUGGCGUUUAAUUCUUCUCUUCUGAGACCACGUGUAAUUGGAGAGUGGAUUGGUCGAGAAGAGAAUGAUGCUGAUCCACUGGCCGCUGAAAUGCUACAGCCCCCAAUUCCAAGAAGUAAAAAUGAACAAUGGGAAAAUGAAGAUAAUAGCUCUAGCCCUGCAGGAAGCUUGAAGGUGGAGCCCAAGACUAAAGGAUUAAAACAGCAGCAACAGCAGCAUAAGAAACUUCUGGCAGCAAUGCUCUCUCAAGAUUCUUUUGAGUCUGUCCAUAGCCCCACCCCAUCGGUAACAGAAGAAGAUAUUGAUAAUGAAGAUGAUGCAAUGGAAUUGCUGGGUAAUUUUAAAAAUUAA